AUGUCAUCUCCGGGUAUGGGCACCCCCAGUGACCCCCUCUUGGCCAGUCCAGGAGGGAGGUUAUCCUCAGCUCAGGAAGGUCUCUGGAGGAGCUCACUCUCCAAAACAGCCAGCUUCCCAACGUCCACCACCCGGCACCUCAGUCACAGAGCCAACAACUUCCAAAGACAGCCAAAGCGCCGGAAGCUGAUAAGACCUUCACCACCUCCGCCGCCCAACACACCCUGUCCCCUGGACCAGCUGGACCUCAGUGAGCUUCCCCCGAGGCGUACUUUCCAAGAUCUGCUCUUCAAUGGCUGCAUCCUGUUUGGUAUUGAAUUCAGCUAUGCCAUGGAAACGGCUUAUGUGACACCCGUGCUUCUACAGAUGGGCUUGCCUGAUCAAUUCUACAGCUUGGUGUGGUUCAUUAGCCCCAUUCUGGGAUUCCUCGUUCAGCCUCUCCUCGGUGCAUGGAGUGAUCGUUGCACAUCCCGGUUUGGACGAAGGAGACCUUUCAUUUUUGCCUUGGCUAUAGGGGCUCUGUUUGGUUUAACCCUGGUGCUGAAUGGGCGGGACAUUGGAGUUGCGCUGGCUGACACUGCAUCAAAUCACAAGUGGGGAAUCAUCCUGACGGUGUGUGGUGUGGUCCUGAUGGACUUCAGUGCUGAUUCAGCCGACAACCCGAGCCAUGCGUACAUGAUGGAUGUGUGCAGCCCAGAGGACCAGGAUCGGGGGCUGAACAUCCAUGCACUACUGGCAGGACUAGGAGGUGGAUUUGGCUACAUUGUGGGUGGCAUCAACUGGGACCAGACACAAUUUGGAAGGUCGAUGGGAGGUCAACUUCGGGUCAUUUACAUGUUUACGAGUAUCACUUUGGUGUUCGCCACAGCCAUGACUCUGAUGAGUAUCCCCGAACGGCCCCUACCAAAGAACAAAAACUCCAGCAAAACUCAUCUAAAAAGCCCCAUCCUCCCUCUACCUCCCUCCCCUCCUAUCCCCCCAGCACUGGGACUGGACGAGGAAGACGAGGAAGGUCUUUACAGCUACAAUUUCUCAAAGUCUCACCCAUAUAACUCGGAGCAUCUUGCCCACUCUUGCAGUGCCAAUGCACGCCUCUGUGCCGGUCUCACUAGCCCCAUAUCGCCCAUGAGCCCCCUCACUCCGAAAUACGGCAGCUUUAUUAGCAGGGACAGCUCUCUCACUGGCAUCAAUGACUUUGCUUCUUCAUUAGGAACCUCCUAUAUAGACAGUGUGCUCAUAAACUGCUACACGGGUCAGCAGACACCACAGGCCCAGGCCUCCACUGUGGCCCUGCCUCCAGGGGACUCCCAUCCACCUGACGAGUCCACGCAGGGACCAGGGAGCCAUCCUGCAGGACAGACCCAGGCCGCCGUGGUGUCUCAUCCAGCUGGGGGAGCUCAGGAUGCAGAAGCGCCACAGCCUGAUGGAGAAGCACAAUCUCAGGUCACAGCUGGGGCUCAGCGUGGUGCUGGAUCACAUCGGGGCUCCUCUGCUAGCAUCCUGAAGCGACCCCAGAGUCUUGCACUAAUGGAGGACCCCAGUGCAACCCAGAUUGUUGGGAUGGAGAACGGACGCAGGAGAACAGUGACCUUCAGCCAGCAGGUCGCAAACAUUUUGCUGAAUGGGGUCAAAUAUGAGAGUGACAUCAGUGAGAAUGUGGAGACUGGAGAGUCGCAAAUGUCAAUGAGGCUGCUGUGUGUGGCCAUCUACAGGAUGCCGCCCUCUCUGCGGAGCUUAUGCACUAAUCAUUUCCUGGGCUGGCUGUCCUUUGAAGGCAUGCUGCUCUUCUACACUGACUUCAUGGGGGAGGUUGUGUUUGAAGGAGACCCCAAAGCACCCCACGACUCUGAGGCUUACCAACGGUACAAUGCUGGCGUCAGCAUGGGCUGCUGGGGAAUGUGCAUCUAUGCAUUCAGUGCUGCUUUCUACUCAGCCAUAUUGGAGAAACUGGAGGAGCGUUUCUCUCUUCGCACUCUUUAUUUUUUUGCCUACCUGGCGUUCGGUUUGGGCACAGGCCUGGCCACACUAUCCACCAACCUCUACGUGGUACUUUCUCUCUGUGUCACCUAUGGGGUGCUCUUCUCCUCUCUAUGCACGCUGCCUUACUCUCUUCUGUGUGAAUACUACCAGAGCCCACAGUUCUGUGGCUCGUCGGAGGAAGGGACCAGACGAGGGAUGGGGGUGGACAUCUCUCUGCUCAGCUGCCAGUACUUCCUGGCACAGAUCCUGGUCUCCGUGGCGAUGGGACCUCUGACCUCACUGGUGGGUGGGGCCCAGGGAGUGAUGUACUUUGCGAGCCUGAUGUCAUUCGUGGGCUGCCUGUACUCCUCUCUCUUCGUGGUGUACCAUCUGCCCCCCCCUGAGGGAAGAGGAGAAGUUGAAACUGGGGUGUGAUUCAGCAUUCAGUCGGAAACCGAACAAAACUGAAGAGC